GGCAGCUGCCGCGUCGCCGGAAGUGACGCGCGGCAUCCUCUCGCUGCGGGAGAACGGAGACAAAAGCGACCGUAGCGUGGCGUUCGCUUCCAACGCCGAGUCCGACGGCCAGCGUUAAGAAAAAAAAAGAAAGAAACGCAAAAAUGACCACGACGGCGCUGACGUCCGAGUGGCAACCGUCGGCGGUCUUAAGCGGCCGGCCAAUGUCGCGCUCGUAGCCGACGGCCCGCCCCGCCUCAGCCGCCGCCCGCCCGCCAUGUCGGAGCUCCCGCCGCUGCCUCCGGAGCUGUGGGUGUCGGUGCUGAACUUCCUGGGCCCCGCCGACAUGCAGGCGGUGCGCUGCUCGUGCCGGGCCCUGCGCCUGCUGGCCGACCACCCUUACCUGUGGCGGGGCCGGACGGUGGUGCUGUCCGACCUGCGCCGCUACACCUUCGGCUUCUGGGACACGCUGCGCCGGCGCAAGCUGACCCGCGUGGCCGUGCGCCACCUGCGCCGCAAGGAGUGGCGGCGCCUGGUCAAGUUCCUGCCUUCGCUCAGCGCCGUGGCCUUCGUCAACGGCGGCCGCGUCUACAAGCAGAAGUACCUGGACCACCUGCUGCAGUUCUCCGACGUGCGCGAGCUGGCCGUGCGCGACGCCGCCUGGUCCGAGCCCAUGCUGGGCCCGAGCCUGGCCGCGCACCUGAGCGCCCGGCUCACCCGCCUGAGCGUGUGCAACGUGCGCCUGCGCUCCGCCGCCGACUUCGUCCGCGCCUUGGCCGCCCUGGGCAACCUGCGCUCCCUGCUCUUCCACCAGCAGGGGGAGGGCUGCGGCCUGGACCGGGUGCGCCCGGUGCCCCGCGACGACUUCCACCGCAUGAUGACCGGCCUGCCCAAGCUGGCGCACCUCUCGUGGGGCAUGAGGGGCGAGCCCCAGGAGCCCCUGCCCGACGACUACCUGAGCCCGCCGGACCCGCGGCGUGCGAGCUCUCAGUACGGGGGUCCGGCCCUGAGCAGUUUGGAGCUGGUGGACUACCCCGAGACCAUCCUGCCCUACAACGCGCUGAGGAGUUUGACGUCGCUGCGCUCGCUCACGGUGCAUUACCGCUACAUCCGCGACGGGCUGGACUGUCGCCUGGCGUCCUGGCUGGCGCCGCUCAUGCGCCUGGAGACCCUCAGCAUCGUGGGCGGGAACUCCCUGUCGCUGUACACCAACACCAUCCCGGCCAGCGUCACGCGGCUGACGCUGCGCGUGGCCAUCACGCUGAAGGAUUUGGACUCCAUCGCGCCCAAAGUUCUGGCCCUGGAGCACCUGGACAUCGAGCAGAACCGCUCCAGCGGAAGCCUGUGCCGACGCAUCCCCAUGUUGUUCCCUCAACUGCGGACGCUGCGCAUACGGUUCUUCCGCCGCGAGCCCGAGAAGGACCUCUUGAGCCUGCAGCGUCUUCGUCACCUGGAGCGUCUGGAGCUCCUGGUGGAGCGCUCUUUCAUCCUGAGGGACUACCUGAACGGCCACCCGUGGCCCAGCCCCUGCGUUCAGGAGCUCAUCGACCAGCUGGUGCGGCUGUCGGCCAACCGCAUCACCGUCGUGACCGCCAUGCGCCGCCGUAACCCGCUCAGAGAGUGUAACUGCGUCUGGGAGGGCGACUGACGAGAGCGAGGGACAACUUUGCCGGGCGCCCGCCACAACUUGGUUGUUGAGUUGACGACCCGCCGAAACCUAACCCGAGCUGGCCUCGAGGCGCGAUGCGCCCAGCUCGGACGAGAGCGGACCAGACCAAACGGGACGGGACUAGGCGGCACGAGAUUGGACAGGACAAUGCAA